AUGGAAUCCCCAAUCAAAACUUCUGCUCUCGCAGCCGCGAGCGAACCUAUUCUUCCUCCCCCCAAAAGAACAAUGUCUUCAACCAAACCCAAACUUCCACCACUCAAGACUCCAAUGUCUUCGACGUUUCCCUCGGAGCUAUCAGCUUUAUCAAAUUCCGCACGCAGCCCACUUCCUGGCUAUGCCGACUUUAUGAUCAAACAAGAAGAUUAUAUAAAGACUCCAAUUACCCCCCCUCUGGCCUAUACCGAUUUCCUCAAGACUAUGAACAGCCCUACUGUUGCCGAAAAAACAUGCUCGAGACCAACACCUACUUCUGCACCAUCCUCAGAUACCCUGACUAGCAGUGAAAGUAGUGACUGUUCAUGCAACUGCGAUGCACAUAAAUCGCCCGCCAGUUCCGUUCCUCCUACACCAUUCAGCUACCCAACAUCGGCGCCAUCAUCUGCACGACUGGGACGUCUUCGCAUUCCUAUCUCACCAGCAUCAUCAUAUGCUGAGUCUCCCUUGAGCGCACGCUCGCCCUUUAGUGCACGAAGCGCACGUUCGCCAUAUGAUUGGGAGCUCCGAAGCAAGGGAAGAUAUUUUGAUAUCAAACCACAAAAACAAACACGUUCGAGCGUUCGUCAGGUCAGGGAAGUGGUCACGCGAACCGUCACAUAUACACCACGAAUGAGCCCCGCACCGAAGGGCAAGAGAAGGAAAGUCGAUCACGAUGUGGAGUAA